UCUCUCCCUUCACACAGUUCAUAGGAUUCUCCGUGGAGGGCUCUUUCUGGGGUUUCUCUGCGUUGACAUAAGGGGUUCUUGAAUUCUGGAUUGAGUGAGGUACUUGUUUCAAACUUUUGGUGUUUAAAUCCAAUUUCCUGAUAGAUCUGGUUGUUUUUAGGAACCCCUUGUUGCUGUUAAACCCUUAGACCUUAUAAAAAUUCAAUCUUGAAAUAGUAAAGAUUUCAAUUUAGUACCUUUGAGGUGUUAAUUUUAGUGUUAGUGUUGAGGUGGGGUCAAAGUUAUUGAAUUCCAUCAAAAUGAGUGAAUCCAAACCAGAAGCCCCAGUUAACAACCCUCCUUCUUAUUCCAGAAAUUUUCCUGAUUUCAAACAGUCUGUGAAGCUGAAGUAUGUGAAACUUGGUUAUCAUUACCUUAUUACUCAUGGAAUGUACCUAUUUUUAUCCCCUCUAGUUAUUGUCCUUGCUGCUCAAAUCUCUACGUUUUCGCCGAGUGACCUAUAUGUUCUUUGGGAGCAGCUUAGGUUCAAUCUCAUAUCUGUCAUCAUAUGCUCUACCCUUUUGGUCUUCCUGUCUACCCUCUAUUUCCUAACCCGUCCUCGCCCUGUAUACCUUGUUAAUUUCUCGUGCUAUAAGCCUGAAGAUGCUAGGAUAUGCACAAAGAAGAUUUUCAUGGAGAGGUCAAAGUUGGUUGGUUCAUUCCCUGAUGAAACUCUUGAGUUCCAGAGGAAAAUUCUUGAGAGGUCUGGCCUUGGUGAUUCAACUUAUCUCCCUGAAGCUGUGCUGAGGGUACCACCAAAUCCUUGUAUGGCAGAAGCACGGAAAGAAGCUGAGAUGGUUAUGUUUGGUGCCAUUGAUGAGCUCCUUGCUAAAACUGGUAUUAAGCCAAAAGAUAUCGGAAUUCUAGUAGUAAAUUGCAGCUUGUUUAAUCCAACACCCUCAUUGUCUGCAAUGAUUGUGAACCAUUACAAGCUCCGUGGAAACAUUGUGAGCUACAAUCUGGGUGGAAUGGGUUGCAGUGCUGGUUUGAUCUCGAUCGAUCUUGCAAAAGAUCUUCUUCAAGUCCAUCCCAAUACCUAUGCUUUGGUGCUCAGCAUGGAAAACAUCACCCUGAACUGGUAUUUUGGGACUGAGAAAUCCAUGCUCCUUCCGAAUUGCUUAUUCCGGAUGGGAGGUGCUGCUGUAAUGCUCUCCAACAAAGGAUCUGAGCGAAGAAGAUCUAAGUACCAGUUGGUGCAUACUGUCAGAACUCACAAAGGUUCCGAUGACAAGUGCUUUUCUUGUGUUUACCAAAUGGAAGAUCCCAAUGGAAAAGUUGGAGUAUCGCUGUCAAAGGAUUUAAUGGCAGUAGCUGGUGAUGCUCUUAAAACCAAUAUCACUACAUUGGGUCCUCUUGUGCUUCCCAUGUCCGAGCAGUUGCUUUUCUUUGCAACGCUCGUGGGAAGAAAAUUGUUGAAGAUGAAGAUCAAGCCUUAUAUCCCAGACUUUAGAUUGGCCUUUGAGCAUUUCUGCAUUCACGCCGGUGGCAGAGCUGUAUUAGAUGAAAUAGAGAAAAAUCUGCAACUCACUGACUGGCAUAUGGAGCCUUCAAGGAUGACAUUGUAUCGAUUCGGAAACACCUCAAGCAGCUCCCUUUGGUACGAAUUAGCCUACUCGGAAGCUAAGGGAAGGAUCAAGAGGGGAGACCGAACAUGGCAAAUAGCAUUUGGUUCAGGGUUCAAAUGUAACAGUGCAGUUUGGAAAGCUUUACGAUCAAUUAAUCCAGCCAAGGAGAAGAGCCCGUGGAUGGAUGAGAUUAACCAGUUCCCCGUGGAUGUUCCAAGGGUUGCAAAAAUCUAAAAAUCCAAUGGUGCUUUCAUUUAGCUUAGUGCUCCGGAUAUCGUGGGUGAUUAUUCUUUAUCAGUUGCAAUGUGCUGUUCAGUUGUUUCCUUGUGAUUCUCAAACUAGUCUAUAGCUGAUCUAAUUCUAUUGAGAAGCUUAGAUAGGGAAUUCUACUUGCUCUCAAUUGUGUAAUGAGAAUCAAGCAAGUGUUCUUCUCAUUUUUAUGUUUGUGGAAAUUGAGUUUAGGAUCAGUUAAUAUCCAUGUACUAUUUCUUUAUUCAUGAUUUAUCCUAGAAAUUGAUAUUCAUUGUUCA